CCCCGAACAAUCAACACAACAUGGAGUGCUACUUCAACGGCUGCGAGCACCCCGCGCGGACCGGCGAGACCACCUGCGACUUUCACAAGCACCGCCGCGCCUGCAUCGUGCCCGACUGCCACAACCAAGUCUUUGCGCGCCAGCGCUGCGUGCGCCACGGCGGCAAGCGCCAGUGCACCGCGCCCAACUGCUCGGCCAACGCGCGCAAGGACGGCGUGUGUGCGCGCCAUGGCGCCCGCAUUGUCAAGCGCGUCUGCAUGAUCGAAGGCUGCACCAACGUCGCCCACCGCGACAACAAGUGCAUUCGCCAUGGCGGCCGCCGUCCGUGCAAGAUCGACGGCUGCGAAACCCACGCGCGCAGCCGCGGCUACUGCUGGCGCCACCGCCCGGCGUCGCUGACACCGAACGAGGACGCAGCGGGCACGGACGGCGACGAUGUCUUUAGCAACGACGACAGCUCGGUCAGUGGCGGCGACAACGUCAAUCGAGACAGUGACAAGAACGGCGUCGCCACCGUGCACCUCCCGAGCCUGGACGUGACGUUGUCCGAGUCGGAGCAGUACGCGCUCGCCGAGGAAUACGACCGCGUGCGCAAGAUUGACUGGGAUAUCCUCAAUGUACUCUGUCAUGCUGGCUUUAGCGCCACCAUGACCUACGCUGUCCCAAUGAACUUCUCGCAGUAGACGAACUUUGUAUUUAUGAAUCCAACUUUUUGCCUUGU